AUGGAGGUGAAUGUAGCUCCUCCCAAGAAAGGCGAAGUCCGCAUUAGAAUUCUUUACGCGUGUCCAUGCCACACUGAUGAGAUCACUCAACGAGGCGCAGAUCCCACUGGUGUGUACCCUUGCAUUCUCGGUCAUGAGUCAUGUGGAGAGGUGGAAUCUAUCGGAGAAGGUGUGACUACCUGCAAGCCUGGAGAUAAGGUUAUUCCUCUCUGGGAGCCGCAGUGCUUCCCUGAGGACAGGAAGGCCAGAAAAUGCAGAACGUGCCGCGGAUACGAGUGCCACAGAACAAACAUGUGUGGGAAGUUCCUCGAGGCUUUUGUGAAAGGUGUAAUGCCACUCGACAAUACUUCGCGCUUUACUACGAAGGAUGGGCAGCCGAUUCACCACUUCAUGGGAACUUCCAGUUUUUCGCAGUACACAGUCGUUCCCCAAGAAUGUGUAGCCGUAAUUCCUCCGGAAAGCCCCAUGAGCCGUAUGUCCCUUCUGGGAUGUGGAGUGGCAACCGGCAUGGGCGCUGCGAUGAACACAGGAAAGGUCGAAAAAGGCUCAGCAGUUGCUGUUUUCGGGCUCGGAUGCGUCGGACUGGCGUGCGUAGAGGGAGCGUAUCUGUCUGGCGCCAAAGAGAUAAUAUGUGUGGAUAUCAACGAGCAUAAGCUGGAAGUCGCAAAGCAGUUUGGAGGAACCCAUUUCCUCAACCCGAAAAAAUACGACAAGCCCAUCCAAGAGGUCAUUAUUGAGAUGACAGACGGCGGCGUAGACUAUGCUUUUGAAUGCACUGGCAACACAACUGUAAUGCGCAAUGCGGUAGAAUCAACUUGCAAGGGAUGGGGACUCGCAGUUAUCGUUGGAAUUGGCGAGGCCGGGAAGGAGAUUAGCACAAGGCCGUACCAUUUUAUUGUGGGACGGCAACUCAAGGGCUCUGUCUUUGGUGGCUGGAGGUCGAGAGAGGAUAUACCAAAGCUUGCUCAGAGAGUUAUCAGCGGAGAGCUCCAGUAA